GCAGCUCCCUGGUUGCUAGACGACUCAAAUCUGUACAACGCGGAUAUGAAAACAGCUUAUUCAUCAUCUAAACAUAAUAACAUUUUAAUUACUUAAAGAAAAUACAAUUAAAUGUCUUUUACUGCUUCAGCGAAGAGAAAGUAAUUGUGUUUUUUCGGCAAAACCUGGCUUCGCAUCGCUCGUGCCUCUUGUUUCUCCAUGUUUUCGCAACUGUUAGCAAAAUAAGUGCUUUAUGACGUAACUUGGGCAAAAAUGACAACUAUACAAACGGAGAUAAGUAUGUUUUUUAAAGUUUUCGCAGCGUUUGCGUGCCAGAAUGUGUAGUGCAACUGCAAAGAUUUCUGUGGAGGCCAGCGAUGUUCUAUCAGACGAAGAAUAUGAAGAGCUGCCCGAGGAAAGCUUUGCUUUCUCUGCUGAUAUUUCGGAGAAGAUAAACAGAAUGACUGUAGCUGAAGUGGAUGCAGGGACGGCACAUAAUAGAACAAGAAUGAAGAGGUCUUCUGGCAAACCUCCAUCUCCAAGGUCUCCGUACCUCUCCAGUUUGAACAUGAACCCCAGAAGAGCAGUGGUAGCAGCCUGGAGACUGCCAAGAGCCUCCUCGGGGGACACCAGAGGGGAUGUUCCUGGGGAGUCUGCUUCCACUAACUUCACAUCACUCAGCAACGGCCACGAUCUGUCUCAAACCAUGAGACCAGAGUUUGACGUUAACCCCGAAUUCUUUAAAAGGGCCUUCACCUUGAAGAGUCACAGGCAGUCCACAUCCAACGGCUUCACAUUCAGGGAGGGUGAUGCAAGAGAUAAAGAGGACAUGUAUGAUGAGAUCAUUCAUCUGAAGAAGUGUCUGCAGGCUCAGAAGUGCGACAACCACCAGAUGAAGGUCAAACUGCGGCGCUUGGAGGAAGAGAACGCUAAACGAGAGAAACAAAUCGAAGAGCUGCUGGAUCCCAUGAAAGGAUCUGAAUAUACUCGUAGUUUGGUUGACAAGAAGAAAGAGGGGAGUGUGGUUCUUAAUGGACUGAAACAGAGAAUUCUGAAGCUGGAGCAGCAGUGCAGAGAGAAAGAAAGUGCCCUCAGUAAACUUCAAAGUGACCUGAGGACCACCAACCUGGAGGAGUUGAAGAUCACAGUAGAAACCUACUUUCAAGAGAUCCAGAGGCUGAGAAUGCUUCUAGAAUCUGCAGAAAAAAGUAGUCGAGCAGAGAGUAAAUGCUCGCAGAGGCAGCAGAAAGCUCUAAGCUCCACAGUCCUGCAUCUAACUGAGAACCUGAAACAGCUUCAACAGGAGAACGGAGCGCUCCGAGAGGAACUCAACACCGACAGUCCUGCUGGAGGAAUCAAAGGUUACAGGGAGUGGAGCAAACAGAGGCUGCUGAGGAGGCUGUUGGAGGUGGAGAAGAGGCUGGAGGACAGCAGAAGACACGCCCACUCAGCAAAGCCCAGCCGCCGAGUGGAUCAAGAGGUUCAGGCCAUACUUACUGAGUGGCUGGAUGGUACAAAGCGGUUUUCCAUAGCAACAGAGGCAGUGGUCUCCGUGGGAACCAAUACUGAGGAAGAGGAGGAGAUUUCUGCUCUGAGACAUCACCUCAGCCAAUUAGAGGAGGAGAGGGUGGAGCUUCAGGAGAUGCUGUUGAGUAAAGACAAUGAAGUGAGACAGCUGAGGACAGAGAGGGACGAGCUGCAGAAAGAGACAGAGCUGUGGAAGGCUGAAAACACAAACCAACGGGGCAAAGAGAGACAAGAGUUUAAACAGCAGCUGGACGAGCUGCUGGUGCGGAUCCAAACUCUGGAGGACGUCAGAAGAAGUGCCGCUCAACCUGAGCUCUCCUCGGCUCCUGACACAACACCACAGACUCACGGGGAGACUCCAACCCGAGCGCGUCCGGAAGAGGAAGAGAGGGGCAAAGGAGGUGAAGAGGUGAAGGAGGAACCAGAGGAAGGAGGGCGACCAGCUGCAGAGAAGAGGAGUGGCGAUGGACUGCAGAAAGAAAGAGGGAAAGCAGCGAGGAUCAUCCAGAGAAACUGGAGGGAACACAGAGUGAAGGACACUGUGAUGUUGCAGUCAGCACUGAGAGCUCACCUGUGCAGAGCUGCACAGCUGAAGGCCCCGCAGAAAGAAACGGAGAGCCAGGCUAUUUUUGAAGGCAGAUCUUUAUUUGAGGGUAGAGAGGUGGAUCUGGUUGCCUUGACGAUGAUCCAGUCUGCUUUCAGGGGACACUUGGCUCGCUGCGGCCAUACAGCAGAGAGCUCAGGGAGCUCUGCACCGUCUGCAUCACAAAACAGCUUUUUCACACCGGUGCCAAACAGAGUCCGAGCCACGAACGCAUCCAGUGACACAGCCCACACAGAGCUCAUUCAUACAGCAGAGUCUGGAGGAGGCGCUGCGUCCGAUUCUGAUGAUUCCGAUGACAUCAUCGUGUCCCCGUCGUGCCCGCUGAGGAGCAGAGAAGAGAGAAUGUUGUAGGCUCAUGCUGAUCCCCAUGUGCACAUUUGCAGACUGUGUUUCUGCACCGACGGACUAUCAA